CGGUGAUUGAUUUAAUUUACAAUUUUCAUGGAUUGGGUCAUCUGAGUCAGUUCUAAAAAUAAGUCUCCUUUACAUUUACAUUGGAUACGUCGUAGGUACCAAGAAUGACAUAACAUGACGGGAGAGAGAGACAUAUCUUAGUGGGUUUCUGCAAGGGCUGAUCUGAAUCCCUCUACUCUUUCUACGUUCAAGACACUAUAUCGUCAAGUGGGGUUAUAUCCUGCAAUGGAACACCAAAAGACUAAUAGAAUGUCUCCCCAGCCUGAGCCAGAUGGUGAAACAGACAAGGGACCCCCCUCAGACGAGGACGAACAGGAAGUGGAAAACAUCCCCACCCCCCAGUUUGUCAUUGACAAUGCUAACUCUGAUUCCGAGAGCGAAAGUGAGGAUGGGGACAGUUACUAUGGAUAUCAGAUGUUGCCACAGGAACCUGAUGAUAUACCUAAUGAUGUGCCAGGCACAAGUGUAAUGAACACAGAUGACCACAGCCAAUCAAGUCAGAGCAGUGCGAGCUCAACUGAGGCAGGUGCUGAGGGCCCUAACUCUGCUGACUGUGAUAAAGACAAUUCAGAACAUUUAAAUAAGCUCGAUCACUAUGUGCUACACAAAAACACUGGCGGACAGGCAGCAGGUUAUAUGAAGUUACCUGAAUUACCAAAACCUGAAUCCAAAGAUUUAUUAUGGAACAAACAGAGAACAUCUUCCAUACAAAUGGAGCCAGGACAAGAAGAGAGUGUGAAGGCCGCUAUGUCUUCUAUCCACCUUCCUGCGACCAAUAUUCCUGAAUGGGCCAAGAAUAUCUCUGAGGAGGAUUGGCACAGCAAACUCACAUCUCUGCAGAAAAAUAGCACAUCCUGAUGUCAAACCAGCUUUAUUUUGCCAAGUGUGGCACUUUGUGAAGUCUGAAAUCAUAACUCCAUAAUUUGAUUAUCAGAACUUUUGAAUGAUUCAAUAUUGCUGUGAGAGUAUUCAUAUGGUGAGGUGUGGAUCUGUUGAUUCCAAUAUCACAACUAUAUUGUUUGAUUAUCAGAACUUUGAACAACUGUUGGAUAUCUCUAAAGGAUACAAUCUUCCAUAAUAAUGAGAUUGUAGUUACAUGGUGUUUAUGUUAUACAAGUCAUAUGGGAUGACUUGCAUUGGAUAUUGAAUUUGAUGAAAUGCACAAUUUUUAUGUUGUGUAAAGCUUCUUUCAUUGUGUACUUAUAUAUAUAAUGUAAAAUAAAAUGAAAAUGCCAA